CUAGCAAACAGUCUUACUUGCUGAUCGCGAGAGAUCACGCAAAUUCUGCGUAGCAAAAUCCUAUUAUCAACAUAUAUUUGUUAGAUUUAACUGAUUCAAAUUAAGCACAACUUUUUGAAAGUACAGAAUUUUCGUUCAUCAAAUUCUUCGUUCUACUACCAUCUAGCUGAUUAAAAAUAAGGGUUGUCUCAUGCGAAUUGUUAUGGUAUGCUUUCGUAAAAGUGGCUUAUAAUUCUGCUGCAUCUGAGCCGUUAGCGUGCUUGUGUAGUGUUGAAACGUGGUUGGCCUUGAGUCAACACGACGUAUAGCGCGCGUAAUCGGUUUCGCAUUAUGUGGUUGAAAGAUUGGAGGCAUAUAAUGCUUUUGUUGUGGUAAACUUACAGGUCGUCUGAACACCAUAAAUGAAUCCUAUAUUCAAGCUAGGUAACACACAAUCAGGCUUACCUUAUCUAUUGAAUUUUUUGAUAAGAUAGCAAUGACUUCUGAGCUGCUGUGAAAAUGAAAAAAGCUUAUAAGCUAGAGAAAGACGCAUGAACAAAUGACAAGGACGUUCCAAGAUAUGUGAGGUGCAUGCGUUAUCUACGGUGAUACGAUUUUCUAUGCGCCGAUGUGAUACGGUGUUCGAUGUGCCGCAAUGUAAAAUACGACAUCAUUCCAAGCGUUCUAACACCGGCCUUAAGUUAACACCUGCGUUCCAGUUUUCGAAACCGACUGUGGGGAGGAUCGAGAAAUCAUUCAUGUUUCUAUUUGAAGCGAGUACUAACGCCGAAAAGUGAAAACAAGCUAAAUAAUUAUAGUGCAAAAAAACAAAAUUCAAAGUUGUUCGCUUUGACUACAAUUAGUAGUUUGAAGUGUAGAUUAGGGCGUGUCUUGUUCAAAUCUAUCAGUGAUACCUUAGUAAUAUAAGUAACAGCAUACAACGGAGUGAAAAUGAGAUCUUCAGUGCGACAGAAAUGUUGUUCUAAUUGGAUGUUUAUUUUAGCUACAACAGCUUUAUUACAAGCAUUUACUUCCGGUUUCGUUUUUGCAGUCGAUGUUGCUGACCAGAAUACGACUAUUGCCAGCACUGUGACCUCAGCUGAAAACUCUACAAAAACGACAGCUUCUAUAUUGCAAACGUCUAACCUAUGCCAAAACUGCAAUUGCAAAGUAGAUUUUGGCAUAUUUGAUUGUAGCAACAGAAAGAUUGAUCCACAAUUUUCCCCAGAUGACUGGCAAUCGUUAAGCACAAGCGAAUUUGAUGUAAAAUCAGUGCUGCUUGUAUCUACUGGCAUGAAAGAAGUGACGCAGUUCCCGUCAAUGAAUGUUACUCUUUUAGAUUUGAGCCACAACGAGAUUGCUACUAUUGAAAGCAAGUGUUUUAUGAAUUUAACGUUGUUACAGGUUUUAGAUCUGUCACACAAUCGGCUUAAAAGUGAGGCACUUACCCCAGACAUCUUCGUUGGGCAUUAUUCGCCAAACGAAUAUGUACCGAUGAAACAUCUACGUGUUUUGCGUCUUAGCGCAAAUGAGUUACACUCAUUAAACCAGGAUUUAUUCGAAAAUCUACCGAGUCUAGAAGAACUGAGCCUGGAUCUAAAUCCAUUCAAGGUCAUUGAUCAACAGUCUGAAAUUGCCAUAGCCAGUAUCGAUCGUCUUGUCAGUUUAGAUUUAAGCUACAUGGAGCUAGAAGAUAUUCCUAAAUAUCUUUUUCAUACGCCUCAACGAUUGCAAUAUCUCAACCUCACCGGAAAUCUUUUACAAAUAGUACCACCAGCAUUGACCUACGCUAAGGGUCUGAAAUGGCUAAGUGUUGAUGAGAAUCCAAUCAGUUCGAUCGUAGUGGGCACUGAGUUUCCAUCCUUGAAGCAGCUUACAUUCCUCAGUCUAUCCUACAUGACUCAGCUAAGAGUGAUAGGCCGAGGAGCCUUCAGUGGACUGGAGGCAUUAGAAGAAAUACAUAUUACGAAUAAUCCACAUCUGAGCUUUAUUCAUGGACAUGCCUUUAUGCGAAAUGACACUGAUAACCCCGAACGGUUUGAUUGGUCACCGAUCAAGCGUUUGUAUUUGCACAACAAUAAUAUUUCCUACCUCGACGCACAAUUACUAGUUCAAUGGGAUUCAAUGGAAGUGAUUGACAUUCGCGUGAACCCAUGGGCUUGCGAUUGCUCUAACCGGUGGGUUCUGCUCUCUCUUCUACCCAUCAUCGAACGAACAACGCCAGCGAUCCUCAAUAAUAUUGACUGCAACAGCCCACCGCAGAUGGCAGGUUUGUCCAUGGUGGAUUUGGAGCACAAGCACACGCACAUGCGAUGUCCUGACGGGGCUGGUAACAAUCCUUCAAAUGAUGGUGCCUUGCUGAUGGGAUUAUUAAUCGGCGUACUCUUGGCGAUUCCAUUCACUGCAGCGAUUUGGUGUGUAUAUAAACGAGGUUGCUUUGGGUUGUUUGGUCGUGGAAACUCAACCGCUUACUCACGUGCAUUCUAUAGUCGCACUACACUCAACGAGGAAUUUUAGUGCAUACAAAGGGAGAGAGGAAACAGACAUAACUUACUGCGUUAUAAAAAAAUAAUUCUGUAUUCUUGUACUUCGAACAUUGUUACUCACCGCAUUGUAACUAAAUGUAGCUGCAGAAACAUCAUGAUUACUAAGGUGUACCAAUGGACGCGUGCGUAUUCGCAUGAUAGAUAAAAUCGAUUAUAAAAUUAAAAAUAUGUUCAGCAUAUGCUUUCCAUAGAAUCAUUAACUAAGCUUGAUAUAUUUGUUUACACAUUUUUUUCAACACUGAUUAUAACAAUCUGUCUGAAUGAAAAUUUGAAUGAUUCAAAACAGGAAUUCACAUUCAACACCCUUAUCAAACACGAGGAAUUACACGAAUCCAAACUGUUCAUUACACUUGUAACCGUUCUUCAGUCGUUAUGUAUUGCAGCUAUUAUAUUCCGUAAACGAAAUGGAAUGAUAGUCAAAGAUUAGUGAUAUUUUGAAGUAUUUUUUCUACCAAUGAACAAUAUCCAAACAAGGCUUUAAAUAAAAUACGCAACAUUUGGUUUUGUUUCAA